GUCGGUGUUGCCCCGGUCGGGUUGCGGUUAAUACACACAAACCGCAGCGUCUGACAUAAGCUUAGCGCGCGAACCGACUGCGCCAACAAGCGCACAUCUCGCUCUCAAUCGGUGGCCGAUCGUGGUAGUCGCGCACCAGCAUUUACGUGGAUUGGAAGCUGCCGUCCUGUUUCGGACGCUCGAUUAAGUGGAGAAUUAUUAUAUUCGAUCUCGAACGUUCCUUACAGCGCGUCGCUAGGCAGUUUGUUGUGUGUGUUUGCUUCCUUGCUUCCGAUUUUGUGCACAUUCGACACCCACGCACGCUCAAACAUCAUUUGCGUUUAGGCUUGUAUCGUUUCGCCAGCAAUCACAAUGGGCCAGCCGCUAGUCAGCUCCUGCUGCCGAUGUUAUUCGCUCCGAAGCGGAUCCAUUGCCACGGGUAUCCUCGGCAUUCUGCUCUCGAUCAUCUCGAUUAUUCUAAUUUUCACCGUGCGCAUCGACUUCAAGACCAUUCUCAUGGACUGGCUGCCGCAAAAUGUGGUGAAAAUAAUCUACGCACUCAAUCUGGUCAUGACGAUACUGAUCUCACUGCUGAUGAUUAUGGGCGUAAUGAAGAAAAAUCACUUCUUCAUGAUGCCGUGGGUCGUGCUGGGACUGAUGCUUGCGAUAGGAUUGCUCAUUAGCGUAAUUUAUAACGCGGUGGUUUACUUCAUCGAUGGAUACGUUUUGGGCGGAACGCUCUGGAUUGUGGUUGGGCUGCUAUCCGUUGUCAUAUACGUGUACCUAUGGAUCGUGGUGUACAGCUACUUCGUGACGCUGAAGAAUGAAAACGAUCGGGGACGUUACUCGAAGCAGCCAUACCGUCGAUAAGGGGGAGGGUGAAAGUAAAUCAACAAACUCGUCACAAAAGCUCCCGUUGGUUUUUCAAGAGCUUGCCAUCUCUUUAAUUUGUUGUAGUUUUAUGUUUAUUAAUUCGUAAUCAACAUACUAUUGAUAGAUUCACAAUCAGAUUGUGAAAUGUUAGUCAUUACUGUAAAUACUUAAUCGAUCGUAAAGUUUAAAACGGUAACAGAACAACAACAAAAUGCAGAAAGCAA